GAAUCCUGUAGUUUGGGGAAAAAGCAGUACGUAACAUUUCAUGAGGUUUUAAAAUCUAAACAAUUUUAAUAAUAAAUUUGGGGGUAUGUUUUAUUACAGAAGAUUUAAAAUAAUUCAUAGUAAUUACAAAGCAAUGAGAUUAUAUGCAAAUAAAUGGAAAACUUUUUAUAACAGGUAAUUUCACUUAAGUUCACCUUACAGAAUUCUUUCUUUUGUACAGUUUAAGUGUGAUGGGGGUAACCCAAGCGGUAUAAAUGUGAAAACUAAACAUGUACUUUCCUAUUCAAGGAAAGUCAUAAUGUAAAUAGUUGUAGAGUAAGUUGGAUGGAGGGGUGUUAGGAAAUUAUUUUAAGCAAGUAAUUUGGAAAAAGAAAGUUUUGAAAAGAAACCGUCAUAACCUCGAAAAAUUAACGCUCACAAAGUAAACCAAAUAAAUCAUCAGACCUUUACAAAUUCGUAUUGAAAACCACUGAGAUUUGUAAUCCCACGAGACAGAAAGAGCCAGGAUUCUUACAGUCGUCUCAUGGGGUUUCCACACCACUUCCAAAUCCACUGAUAGAGAACCGCUCCAUCAACUGACAUUUUCAGAAUUGAAUUUCACACGCGCAUCAAACGCGCCUUGGGUUUCUUCCGUGUAACCCACCAGGAAGCUCGGCUGCGGGCCUUUCGGCCGAGACUAGAGCCCCGCCCCGGGGAUGCGGCCUCGGAGCCGGCCGCUCUAGGCCCGGCGGCCGCUCUCUAUGGUCGGGCGGGCGGUGUGUUGUCAUCCGCGGAGCGACGGCUGGAGGUGGCUGCGUAGGCCCCGGCGGGGCGUUUGGUUUCCGUUUGGCCCUGACUGGAGUUAAUAUUGACGGCCGAAAUGGGAGUCCCCAAGUUUUACCGAUGGAUCUCGGAGCGAUAUCCCUGCCUCAGCGAAGUGGUGAAGGAGCAUCAGAUUCCUGAAUUUGAUAACUUAUACCUGGAUAUGAAUGGAAUUAUACAUCAGUGUUCCCAUCCUAAUGAUGAUGAUGUUCACUUCAGAAUUUCAGAUGAUAAAAUCUUCACUGAUAUUUUUCACUACUUGGAGGUGUUGUUCCGCAUUAUUAAGCCCAGGAAAGUAUUCUUCAUGGCUGUUGAUGGUGUGGCUCCUCGAGCAAAGAUGAACCAACAGCGUGGGAGGCGUUUUAGGUCAGCAAAGGAGGCUGAAGAAAAAAUUAAAAAGGCAAUAGAAAAAGGAGAAACUCUCCCUGCAGAGGCCAGAUUUGAUUCCAACUGUAUUACACCAGGGACUGAAUUCAUGGCCAGGUUACACGAACAUCUGAAGUAUUUUGUAAAUAUGAAAAUUUCUACAGACAAAUCGUGGCAAGGAGUUACCAUCUACUUCUCAGGCCAUGAGACUCCUGGAGAAGGAGAGCAUAAAAUCAUGGAGUUUAUCAGAUCCGAGAAGGCAAAGCCAGAUCAUGAUCCAAACACCAGGCACUGUCUUUAUGGCUUAGAUGCUGACUUGAUUAUGCUUGGAUUAACAAGUCAUGAGGCACAUUUCUCUCUUUUAAGAGAAGAAGUUCGAUUUGGUGGCAAAAAGACUCAAAGGGUAUGCGCACCAGAAGAAACCACAUUUCACCUCCUACACUUGUCUUUAAUGAGAGAGUAUAUUGACUAUGAGUUUUCAGCAUUAAAAGACAAGAUCACAUUUAAAUAUGAUAUUGAAAGGAUAAUAGAUGAUUGGAUUUUGAUGGGAUUUCUUGUUGGCAAUGAUUUUAUCCCUCAUCUACCUCAUUUACAUAUUAAUCAUGAUGCACUGCCUCUUCUUUAUGGAACAUAUAUUACCAUCCUGCCAGAACUUGGGGGUUACAUUAAUGAAAGUGGGCAUCUCAACUUACCUCGAUUUGAGAAAUACCUUGUGAAGCUAUCGGAUUUUGAUCGAGAACACUUCAGUGAAGUUUUUGUGGACCUAAAGUGGUUUGAAAGCAAAGUUGGUAACAAGUACCUCAAUGAAGCAGCAGGUGUUGCCGCGGAAGAAGCCAAGAGCUACAAGGAAAAGAAAAAAUCAAAGGGCCAGGAAAAUUCCAUAUGUUGGGCUGCUUUAGACAAAAAUGGAGAAGAAGUGGUAACUUCUAAGGACAAUGUAGAAGAAGAGAUGGAAGAUGAUGACCUAUUUGAAACCGAGUUUAGGCAAUAUAAAAGAACAUAUUACAUGACAAAGAUGGGAGUUGAUGUAGUUUCUGAUGACUUUCUGGCUGAUCAAGCUGCAUGUUAUGUUCAGGCAAUACAGUGGAUUUUGCACUAUUACUAUCAUGGAGUUCAGUCCUGGAGCUGGUUUUAUCCAUACCAUUAUGCACCUUUCCUGUCUGAUAUCCGCAACAUCAGUACACUCAAAAUCCAUUUUGAACUGGGAAAACCUUUUAAGCCAUUUGAACAGCUUCUUGCUGUACUUCCAGCAGCUAGCAAAAAUUUACUUCCUGCAUGCUACCAGCAUUUGAUGACCAGUGACGAUUCGCCAAUUAUAGAAUAUUAUCCACCUGAUUUUAAGACUGACCUAAAUGGGAAACAACAGGAAUGGGAAGCUGUGGUACUAAUACCUUUUAUUGAUGAGAAGCGGUUGUUAGAAGCCAUGGAGACAUGUAACCACUCCCUCAAAAAAGAAGAGAGAAAAAGAAAUCAACAUAGUGAGUGUUUAAUGUGCUGGUUUGACAGCGACACAGAGUUCACCUACCCCUCUCCAUGGCCAGAAAAGUUCCCUCCCGUAGAGCGAUGCUGUGCAAGGUAUAAAAUAAUAUCAUUAGAUGCUUGGCGUAUAGAUAUAAGCAAGAACAACAUAACCAAGGUUGACCAGAAGGCAUUAUAUUUCUGUGGAUUUCCUACUUUGAAACACAUCAAACACAAAUUUUUUUUAAAGAAAAGUGGGGUUCAAGUAUUCCAGCAAAGCAGUCGUGGAGAAAACAUGAUGUUGGAAAUCUUAGUAAAUGCUGAGUCAGAUGAACUUAGUGUAGAAAAUAUAGCUUCAUCAGUGCUUGGGAAGUCUGUCUUUGUUAAUUGGCCUCAUCUUGAAGAAGCUAGAGUUGUUGGUGUAUCAGAUGGAGAAACUAAGUUUUACUUGGAAGAACCUCCAGGAACACAGAAGCUUUAUUUGGGAAGAACUGCACCACCAUCUAAAGUGGUCCAUCUUGGAGACAAAGAACAAUGUAAUUGGACAAAAGAAGUACAAGGAAUUUCAGAAUACUACCUGAGAAGAAAAGGAAUAAUAAUAAACGAAACAUCUGCAGUUGUAUAUGGUCAGUUACUCACAGGUCGUAAAUAUCAAAUAAAUCAAAAUGGAGAAGUCCGUCUAGAGAAACAGUGGUCAAAACAAGUUCUUCCAUUUGUUUAUCAAACCAUUGUCAAAGACAUCCGAGCUUUUGACUCCCGUUUCUCCAGUAUAAAAACAUUGGAUGACUUGUUUCCUCCUAGAAGUAUGGUCUUUAUGCUGGGAACACCCUACUAUGGAUGCACUGGAGAGGUUCAGGAUUCAGGGGAUGUGAUUACAGAAGGCAGAAUUCGUGUGGUUUUCAGCAUUCCAUGUGAACCCAAUCUUGAUGCUUUAAUACAAAACCAGCAUAAAUAUUCUAUAAAGUACAACCCAGGAUAUGUGUUGGCCAGUCGCCUUGGAGUGAGUGGAUACCUUGUUUCAAGGUUUACAGGAAGUAUUUUUAUUGGAAGAGGAUCUAGGAGAAACCCUCAUGGAGACCAUAAAGCAAAUGUGGGUUUGAAUCUCAAAUUCAACAAAAAAAAUGAGGAGGUACCUGGAUAUACUAAGAAAGUUGGAAACGAAUGGAUGUAUUCAUCUGCAGCAGAACAGCUUCUUGCAGAGUACUUGGAGAGAGCUCCAGAGCUAUUCAGUUACAUAGCCAAAAAUAGCCAAGAGGAUGUGUUCUAUGAAGAUGACAUUUGGCCUGGAGAAAAUGAGAACGGUGCUGAGAAAGUUCAAGAAAUUAUUACUUGGCUAAAGGGACAUCCUGUCAGUACUUUGUCUCGGUCUUCUUGUGAUUUACAAAUUCUGGAUGCAGCUAUUGUUGAGAAAAUUGAAGAAGAAAUUGAAAAGUGCAAGCAAAGAAAGAAUAAUAAGAAAGUUCGAGUGACAGUGAAGCCCCAUUUGCUAUACAGACCUUUGGAACAGCAACAUGGGGUUAUUCCUGAUCGGGAUGCAGAAUUUCGUCUCUUUGACCGUGUUGUAAAUGUGAGAGAGAACUUUUCUGUUCCAGUUGGCCUUCGGGGCACCAUCAUAGGAAUUAAAGGGGCUAAUAGAGAAGCUGAUGUACUAUUUGAAGUAUUAUUUGAUGAAGAAUUUCCUGGAGGCUUAACAAUAAGGUGCUCACCUGGUAGAGGUUAUCGACUGCCAACAAGUGCCUUGGUGAACCUUUCUCAUGGGAGUCGCUCUGAGACUGGAAAUCAGAAGUUGACAGCCAUUGUGAAACCACAGCCAGCUGUGAAUCACUAUAGCUCAAAUUCAUCAGUUUCAUCUGGGCAUUUGGGAGGCCUGAACCAUUCCCCUCAAUCACUUUUUGUUCCUACUCAAGUACCUGCUAGAGAUGAUGAUGAAUUUUGUAACAUUUGGCAGUCCUUACAGGGAUCUGGAAAGGUUCAACACUUUCAGCCACUGCUACAAGAGAAGGGUGCAGUUCUACCUCAAGAAAUAAGUCAAGUAACUCAACAUCAUAAAACGGGCUUUAUUGACAACAGCGUUAAGCCGAGAAAACAUGAGCCUCACAGAAAAUUUAAAGAAGAGUGUAAGAGUCCUAAAACUGAGAGUCGGUCACAAAAAAUGUCAAAUAGGCAGGCAUUUGGAGUGCCUGCCAAAUAUAAUAUUAAGCUACUGAAGAGAAAUGAAAAUUCAGAAGUCUCAGAAAAUCAAAAGGUUCUGACUGGUUAUCCAGGUGGUGUUGGUAAGCCUAAUCCUGGAAUCGAGAACUUCUUAGCAUCCUUGAAUAUCUCCAAAGAAAGUGAAAUACAGUCAUCUCAUCAUGAAGAGCCUCCAAGUGAAGAACAUUUGUCACCACAGUCAUUUGCUAUGAAAGGAACUCGGAUGCUUAAAGAAAUUCUAAAAAUUGACAGCUCUGACAGUAUGGAUCAUAAGAAUGAAAUGAAACAGUUUGGUAAUGAAGUCACUGUUUCCUCUAGUAGAAGAGAUGAAUAUGGAUCUUCCUCACAACCUAAACAAAAUAAGAAAUUGACAUCUUAUAUGAACAAGCCUCACAGUGCUAGUGAGUACCAUAAUGUUCAGUCUAUGGACAGUGUGUGCUGGCCUACUGGCCAGAUUCCUCCUAUGUCCACACCAGUAACUGAACUUUCUCGAAUUUGUUCCCUUGUUGGAAUGCCACAACCAGAUUUCUCCUUUCUGAGAACACCACAGACAAUGACAGUUUGCCAGGUAAAAUUAUCUAACGGCUUACUGGUACAUGGGCCACAGUGCCAUUCUGAAAAUGAAGCCAAGGAAAAAGCUGCACUUUUUGCUAUACAACAAUUGGGCUCCUUAGGAGUGAAUUUCCCUUUGCCUCCACCAAUAUUUCCAAGUUAUCCUCCAGCUGUACCACCUGGAACCAUUCCUCCAGUUUUUCCCCAGCCUACUGGCUGGGAUCACUAUGGAAGCAACUUAGCAUUGGGGGCAGCUAAUAUCAUGCCUUCAUCAUCUCAUCUCUUUGGCUCAGUGCCAUGGGGACCACCAAUGCCAGUUCCUGGGAAGCCCUUCCAUCAUACAUCGUAUGCUGGGACCAUGCCAAUGGCUGGGGGAAUGUCAGCUGGUGUACACAAUCAGUUCAUACCUCUACAGGUAACUAAAAAAAGAGUUGCAAACAAAAAGAACUUUGAGAAUAAGGAGGCCCAGAGUUAUCAAGUCACCCCGCUUCACACUAGCCAGUCAGCAUCUUCUGAUGUCACCAAAGGAAUUCCACAGGAGACUUCAUCAGCUUCCUUACCAUCCUCUCAGAUCCCUCAACCUGCAUCUUCUUUUCAAGUUGCAGCUGCUUCCCCAGGCCAUAGUAUGCCUCACCAGAAGUUGGCACCAAGCUCUUCAAGAAGAAAAUCAAGAAAACUGGCUGUCAAUUUUGGCGUUUCUAAACCUUCUGAAUAAAUUUGGUACUUGGAAUUAAAUUUCUUUCCUUUCCUCCCACCUUUUUAUAAAUCCAUAUCUGUGUCUCACAAGAAAUUACAAUGUACUAUUUUAAAACAAUACAUUUCAAUUAAAUUUUUUCAUUUUCUAGUUGCCAGGCACUUUCAUGCUAUUUAAAAGACUGUAAAUCAAAUUGUGCAUCUUAAGUAUGUACAAUUUGUUUUACAUCAAUUAUACCUCAAUAAAGCUGUAAAAAAAAAAAAACUAAACUAAAACCUUGUGUUAAAAUACUAUCAGUGGACUGAGCAUUCACAUGUACCACUCUAACCAUUGGCCUUGUCAUUAAAAGCAUCCUGAACUAUGAAUUAGACACGGUACUGCAAUAAUAAUAAACAUUUUUUUUUUACACUGUCAUUGAGGGAUAAUUAAAUGGAGCAUGAAAAUUGGGCCUCAAGUAUAAUUUACUGAAUGUAGAUUUUAUUUCUCUUUUUAAUGAUGUAAUAGAAUUGUCAGGAGAGUGGCGCUUAUUUAUAGGUAUUUUAACUUAUGUUCUGUUAUCUCUGAGGGUCCUUUAGACCUGUUGUGACGUGAUCACAUUACGUCAUCUCUGAGGGCCCUUUAGACCUGUUGUGACGUGAUCACAUUGUGCUGGUGCUGCCAGUUUUGCUUUAUUCUCCAUUUUGUACCAAAGCAAUUUCAGAAUACUGAUCAGAAUAUUUCAUUUAACUGCUUAGAACUAUACAUAGUGAUCUAGAUUUGAGGAAAUAAUUACAAUUUUUUUGAUUAUUCAAGAACCAGCAUUAGUUAACCUCUAAUAAAAAAUUAAGUUUCAAAAUCUACAGGGUAUAAUGAUUACAAAUUAAUCUUCUGAUAGAAGUACAAAAUAUUAAUCAUGUAAUUAAUUAAAAUGUAUUACCCUUUUGUUUAGCUUUUUACUUGCUUACUUAAACAUACAUGACAGCUCCAUUGUUGAUCCAUGAGUAGUGUUUCCUGGGAUGAUGAAAUUCUAAAUUUUUAAAAAUUCCAAGGUUUACACAGGCACAAUUAGUAUAUAAUAUGUGUUAUUUACAUGACAAAUGCCCAUCCUCGUUCCCUCUCCAUACUUUUAGCUUUAUGCUGAACUGUGCAGUGACUCUGGCAUUUUAUCUGUACAUGUCAUGUGUGGGUGUGUGUUAUUCAACCUGUGGCUGUUGAAAUUAUAUCAGAGUUUAUGAAAAUUUCUCAGUGGUACCAGGGCCUGGAUUUAUAUACAUAUAUAUAUAUAUACAUAUAUAUAUUUAUGCUUUAGUUUUUGUGAUAUGCUUAUAUUUUUAAGGAAGUAAGUUAUCAUACUUUUUUAUAAGUAUUUUAAAAGUAGGAACCACAAUCUUUGUAUGGAGCUGCUUAUUAUUAUAUUUAGUUUCAUUUGGCUCAUUGAAAACUCUGCCGUGAGUCUUAGUCUAUUUGUUUUUUAAAAUGCUACUAUUGAGUUAAAUGGAUUUCUUUCUCUAACUGCUAAAUGUUAAGAGUUUCUCUAAGUGUUAAUAGGAUAUUUGUAUAUUAGUAGUGCCUUUAGUAUGAAAUAAGUGUUCAUUAUUUGUCAUUUAUGAUAGUCAUGUGAGUUUCUGUGAUUUUAUUUUCUAUUAAUUUUCCUAGAUUCAGAUGUUCAUUGGUUCCCAACAUUUCAUUUUUGGGAAUACAUGUUUCUCUGUAGUAGGAUCUGAAGUAAUGAGGCUCAAGUAAUUCUCAGAGUUUGUCCUUUUUGCCUCACAAAGUAAUUUUUUUUUUAUGGAAAUACAAAAAAGUUGAAUUGUGACAAUAAGAUUAUGUUAACCUCUACUACUUUAUAGUGUAUGAUAUUUUUCACCUUAUGUAACUGUACAAACUCCAGCAUUCAAGAAUUGCCUCACUCAUCAUUUCUCUGUGACCACCCUAUAUGAACAGUGUACAGCCCACAUCUUUAUUUAAGCACUGAAGAAGGAGCACAUGCCAUCUUCCAAAAACUUCAAGAGAAACUUUGAUAAGCAUAGUGCCACUGAACCCAUAUAAGGAGGUUUCCUCAAUAUUCAAACAAAGCAAAUUGACAGUUCUAGAUGGAUAGGCAAUAAGUGUUUUCUUUUCCUUCUUCUCCUAAAGCAACUCAAGACUAAAGAGAGAUUAAAAUGGGAGAGAAACCCAUAAUGACCAGAUAGUAUCAUGCAUUCGUCUAUAUUUUCUUCACCUUGUACACCUAUUCCAGAGAUGGGCCUGAGAGCAAUAGAUGUGCUCUCUCUGGAGAGGAUGUAAGAAGCAGAGACUGUAUCUCAUGAUAGUCUUGAGAAGUCUAGAUCCACUGAUAGAUUUGGGAAACUUACAGUUUUUCCUUUGUGGAUGGCACAGACUCAGCCUACCCCAAAAUUUAGAAAUAUGCCCAUUCAACUGUUGAAUCUGUUGUGGACUGUGUGUGGAAACUGUGGACUGUGUAGAGCACAGAAGAGCAGGUUCCCCAAAAUGCUUCAUGUUUCCACAUCACAAGAGCAGCUGAAUCUAUUUAAACUUUCCUGUCCUUACUAAAACAUUAUUUCUAGAUAACCUUGUUCAAUAAAGUGGUUUUUUUUUGUUUUUUGGUUUUUUUUGAGCAGAUUAAGUGAAUUCUGAAGCUUGGUCCUUUCAGUCCUUUUCACCAUUUCCAAUACAUUACCUGAGUCUUAGCAUUUUACGGAUAGACUGUAUUAAUUGAUUUAAAUAUUAUGCAGACUCAUGUCUUAAACAUCUGGGACUCAGUUGCCUGAAAAAUUAAUUUCACCUCUAUGUGUACUUUGGUUUCAAUUUAAGACUUUCCUUGCUGUUCAGAGGGAUAAGUAGUUCUUUUAGAACUGGCAAACAAAAGUUUGAUCUUUUUUUUCCUCUUGGUGGGAGAGAUGAAGAACUCUUGCUGCGGGUUUUGUUGUUUAUUUCCUUUUUCAUGAUCAGGUACUUGCUUUGGUUUUAAACUGAUAUUUUUCAAACUAGUCUGGAUUUGGGAGGAGGGGCAGAUAGGGAGGCAGAAGGCAGAAGGAGACCAGUUAAAUAAGACCUGUCCUUCACUGCAUUUUCAGACUAUACUCUUCCUAGCUCAAGGACAUAGAUGAACUGCAGUGAUUUAUUUACUCACUUUUAAAUCAUCUGUUCUAUUUGUAUUAGUAAAUCAUACAUUAUCAUAGUGAUUGUCUAGUUUAAGAUAGCUAGAAUUGUCCCCCUCCCCACUAAAGUUCAUUCUAAUAUGCUUCAUCUCAUUGUCCAGAGCCUCUUUUUUUUAAAAGCCACUAUGUAUGAUUUCUCAGCUUUCUGAGCUUGCUAUAUUUCUUAGUACCAUCUUGCUUCCAAAUCGUGUUUUUACUGGGGAGCGGAAUUCAUUUACUGGAGAGAAAUGACAGACAUUCUCUACCUCUGGAAAAAGAAAAAAAAAAAGAAUCACAGAAGUCCCCUUAUCAUUUUUCUAGAGAGUGACAGACCUUAAACUGGCAGUGUUCUUUCUGUACAUCUUAUAAGCUUUGUCAGUGAAGCAGUCUUUUGCAGGAGCUUCCUUUCCUAGAUAGGAUGUUUCAGAAAGAGCUGGCUGAUAUUUCCCUCAGACUGCUCCAUCUUCCACCAGGGAGCAGUAAGAGACCAUGACGAUCAGAACGAGGACAGGCUGGAGUUUCACUGGCUUAUCUCCAACACCACUGAUGCGUCUUUCAGAGAGAGGAAAACAGAUACUAGUCUUCGUAGUUAAGAAUAUCAGAAAUCCAUAGAUGCUUUUGUGUAUGUUUGUGUGUAUCAGUGAACCAACAAUAAUGCCUUGCUCAAUCAAUGCAUUCAGCCAUCUCAAGUGCAAUUUGUGAUGGAGACUCUGGUUUCCAGUAGAUAAAGUUUUACGUAUUUAAACCUAUAGAAAUUAAUUUUUUUCCAACAAUACACCUAUUGCUGUUAUUUCAGCAGUUGACAUACUAGUAAAUUGCCAAGGCCAAAUAAUUAAAUGCCUGUAGAUGUUUUAGUGAUUGGAACCAAAUCUUCAUACUGUUUUCUCAUGAAGUAAUAGGAGUGAAUUUUUUGUUUGUUUUGGAACUUAAGGGCUUUUUUGGCCUUAAGUCUCAUAUUUUCUUUUGCCUGCAUCCAAUUGCUUCUUUGAGUGUUUGCAUCUAUUUUAAUAUAUGAGUAAUAGUGUACUGUAUCAUCAACAUGUUCAACAUUUUUUUCAUUUAAACAAUAGAAGUAAGUAUAAUUCAUACAUAUAGAUCUUAAUUCUUUUUUUCCCUCACAAAAGUAUUUUAUAAUUAACUGGAAUUUUUCAUUAGAUCUUAUACAGAGCAGUAUUUUAUUAAAAAUUCAAAAGGGAAGACUUUUAUGUGCUCAUUUUUUAGCUUUUGUUUUUUAAAUAUCUAUACAUUGUCUGCAAUUAAAGUGUUUUCAACUUGCAUUGGAAUGGACUCCAAAUGUAUUUUUCUGUUAAACUGUACAUUUGUAGAUUUUUGGCAUGAAGUUAGCCUCAAAAUGUUGUGUAAAAGGAUUUUAAAAUAUGAGUCACUGAAAGAGUUUAAACAUCUAUACAUGUUAAAUGCUAUAUGGAUUUUAAUUAAACAUUUGAGAAUGA